AUGUCCGACAGGAUACUUUGCAAGUUCUUUGUCCAUGGCUCGUGCUUGAAAGGGGAAAAUUGUGAAUAUUCCCAUGACUGUAAGGAAUCAGCGAAUAAUGUUUGCACAUUCUAUCAGAAAGGAUUAUGUUUGUACGGAAGUAGAUGUAGAUAUGAACAUGAAAGAGCUUCCGAUGUUCCUCUACCAUCAUCUCUUAGCUCAGAUUCUCAGCCACAAUCUUUAACCACUGCAUAUAGCUCCCUCUUCACGAACCCUCAACAAAAAGGAGAUGUUCUUACAGGGGAGAAUCAUGAUGGUGAUAAAUCCACUACUAAUGUUUAUUACAUCCACCCAAGAGAAUACCCGAUUUGCUCUUUCGCUGCAGCUGGUGAUUGUCCUCGAGGAAACCAGUGUCCACAUAUGCAUGGGGACAUCUGCACAACUUGUGGUAAGAAGUGUUUGCAUCCUUUUAGACCCGAAGAACGAGAAGAGCAUACCAAAGAGUGCGAGAAGAAGCAAAAACACAUCGAAGCUUUGAAGAAAAGCCAAGAUAUUGAGUGUAGCGUGUGUUUGGAUCGCGUGUUGUCAAAGGCCACUCCAGGGGAAAGGAAGUUUGGGCUGUUGACGGAGUGUGAUCAUCCGUUCUGUAUACAAUGCAUUCGUAAUUGGCGUAGCAGCGCUCCUGUUUCGGGAAUGGAUGUGAACAGCACGUUGAGAGCUUGUCCUAUAUGUCGCAAACUCUCGUAUUUUGUUGUCCCGAGUGUUGUCUGGUACUCUACUCAUGAUGAGAAGAAGGAAAUUAUCGACAUUUACAAGGCAAAACUCAGAUCAAUCGACUGUAAGCACUUCAACUUUGGAAAUGGAAACUGCCCGUUUGGAGGAAGCUGUUUCUACAAGCAUGCAUAUUCUGAUGGUCACUUGGAAGAAGUUGUUCUACGGCAUCUUGGUUCUCAAGAAGGAGAAACCGUAAUAGCAGACAGUAUCAGGCUAUCAGAGUUCCUUGGUGGCUUGCAGAUUUAA